AUGACAGAAGAAAGUAGUCAGCAAAAGAUAGUUUGCGUGGAAGUUCAGCGCGACGUCAUUUUACUGAACGCGAAGGUUUUUUCAUCAUGUCGUGUAGGACCUCGAGGGUUACCAGGCCCUCCCGGUUCACCUGGUUCUACUGGUCCCCAGGGUCCUCCCGGACCAACUGGUAAAAGAGGAAGAAAGGGAACCGUGGGUCCCCCUGGACCCCAGGGAAAACGAGGUAGCAGAGGAUUACCAGGACCCCCCGGACCUGCAGGCCCGUCUGGUAAAUCAACACAACGUGAAGCAAGUCCUGGUGAUGGACAUCAGUUAGAGUUACCACAUUUCAUUACAAAGCCUCCCCCUGCUUUGACGGUUAAAGAGAAACAUAACGUGACAUUACCUUGUAAAGCAGCUGGGUUCCCACCGCCCAUAAUCACGUGGUACAAAGGUGGUAAAGUGAUAGAAGACGAAAGAAAACAGUUUAAGAAAAGAAAGUUGGAAAUAAAGGAAAUUCAGUUUGAGAACCGCGGUAUCUACACCUGCACAGCGGAAAACCUGUUGGGUAGAGUUCAGUUAUCGGUCAAUGUAACUGUCAAAGGUAUAUAAACGGUCAGUUUUACUGAGCGCUAUAUUUGUGAAACUGCCUCACUUUCGUUAGACCUCAGAGUCUCAAUAUCCAAUCAGACUUUAUUCUCGCCGAGCUUUCACUUUAACCAUCUGCAGCCUCUUUCAAAUGCUAAAUUCGUUAAUAGAUUUAUAUCUGACUUCAUGUAACCUGAUAAUGGUGUCAACAGGAUAAAGAAUCGUUUUAUCUUUUAUUUUCCAUUUAUAUCAAUAGUUACUUUUCGUUUGUAUAAAUGUACGUAUUUUUUAGUGUUUCAUUUAUUAGACGGGAAAAAAAUGUAUUCAGUCAGUUCACAGUAGGUAAAAGAGUAAAGUCUUCAUACCAGCAAAGUGGCUCAUCAGGCCGUUGCUUUCUGUGCUUAAUUUCAGUAGCUUAUACAGUGACCACUUUCCCCUAGAUGGGAUGCUAGUCCAUCGCAGGGCUAAAUCCCCACCCCCCUCCCUCCACCACCAGCAAUAAAUCCGUCUGUACCCACUGUGAGAAUAAAGUGCCUUGCCUAGGGACACAACUCAAUAUCCCCAGCCAGGGCUUGAACCCGGAUUACUCGAUCCGGUGGAAAGCACACAAAACUAUAAGCCAC